AUGGACGACUCGGUACUUCAUUCGAAUCCGCCAUCGAACGGCAUCAACGGUGGCGCCCAGCACCGACGGUCCAGCUCAGGUGGUGAUCCUUUUCAGCACCCAGAUCUCUACUAUGGAAACGCUGAAUCGAUUGAUCGGAUAAAGAACCGCCGCCGGGCGUUCUCUUCUAGCUUAAAAUCGUUCAACCAUCAAGACCUCCAUGAGAUGAUUGGUGACCGUAAUACGAGACGUGGCAGCAUGGACCCAACAUCUGGCAACCCUCGGAAAUUCCUUAUCGAUGUUGACGCAACCCUUGACCGCUUGCUGGAAAGCGAAGACUCUGACAGGAACAUGCAAAUCACCAUUGAGGAUGCUGGCCCUAAGGUUUUCUCCGUAGGAACGGCUGCAUCCCAUGGUUACAACAGAUUUGACGUGCGAGGCACAUACAUGCUGUCAAAUCUUCUUCAAGAGCUAACGAUUGCCAAAGACUACGGCCGUAAACAGAUCGUUCUUGAUGAGGAGCGUCUGUCUGAGAAUCCUGUCUCUCGACUUUCGCGACUCAUUAAGAACUCAUUCUGGAACUCUCUUACUAGAAGAAUUGAUGGACGUAAUAUCGAGGUGGCUGGGCGGGAUCCCAAGGAUUGGACCGAUGAUCCUCGGCCACGCAUUUACGUUCCGCCUGGAGCUCCCGAACAGUUGGAGUACUACAGGAGGAUUGCUGAAGAGAGACCUGAACUACGCCUCGAUGUACAAGAGCUGGCUGCAGAGAUCACACCAGAGUAUGUGAGAGACUUGAAUGAUAAGCCGGGACUUCUCGCUCUGGCCAUGGAGGAGACGAAGGAUGAAAAGACUGGGAAAGUCGACUUUUCCGGUGUUCCUUUCGUGGUCCCAGGAGGACGAUUCAACGAGCUUUACGGCUGGGAUAGUUACAUGGAGUCACUCGGGCUUUUGGCCAGCAACAGGGUUGAUCUUGCGAAAGCCAUGGUGGUCAACUUCUGCUUCUGCAUUAAGCAUUAUGCGAAAAUCCUCAACGCCAACCGUACAUACUACCUGUCGCGCUCCCAGCCGCCAUUCUUGACGGAUAUGGCUUUGCGUGUGUACGACCGCAUUCAGAAUGAGCCAGGCGCCCUGGACUUCCUUCGCCAGGCCAUCCUAGCCGCCAUCAAGGAGUACUACAGCGUUUGGAUGGCUGAGCCACGUCUGGACCCCGUGUCUGGUCUGUCACGAUACCGUUCGCCAGGUAUUGGUGUACCUCCCGAGACGGAAGCUUCACAUUUCCUUCAUCUUCUUACCCCAUACGCCGAGAAGCAUGGCAUGGAAUUUAAGGAGUUUGUUCGAGCCUAUAAUACUGGCAAGGUGAAGGAGCCCGAAUUGGAUGAGUACUUCAUGCACGACAGAGCAGUCAGAGAGUCCGGGCACGAUACCAGUUACCGUCUGGAGAGGGUCUGCGGCAACCUCGCUACUGUUGAUCUGAACUCUCUCUUGUACAAGUACGAGGUCGACAUCGCUCGGGUAAUACGGGUCUACUUCAAAGACAAGCUCGAGAUCCCCGUCGAGUUCCGGACACCAGCUACCAAGGAUAUCCAGAGCGAGUCAUCGUCUGUGUGGGACCGCCGCGCACGCAGGAGAAAGAUGAGAAUGGACACCUAUCUCUGGGACGAAGAAAAGGGAAUGUACUUUGACUACGACACAGCCAAGCAGGAACGAACCAACUACGAGAGUGCCACAACUCUCUGGGCUAUGUGGGCCGGACUGGUUACGCCGCGCCAGGCUUCCGCAAUGAUCAGCAAGGCCCUUCCUCUCUUCGAGGAGUUUGGUGGAAUCGUCUCAGGUACUGAAAAGUCUCGUGGUGCUGUUGGGUUAGAUCGACCAACUCGGCAGUGGGACUACCCAUACGGAUGGGCACCGCAGCAGAUGCUGGCGUGGACCGGCUUUGCCCGAUACGGAUACCAGGAAGAGGCCGAGCGACUUGCAUACAAGUGGCUCUACAUGAUUACCAAAGCGUUUGUUGAUUUCAACGGUGUCGUUGUCGAGAAAUAUGACGUUACCCGACCUAUUGAUCCUCACCGGGUUGAUGCCGAGUACGGCAACCAGGGCGUCGACUUCAAGGGCGCUCCUCGAGAAGGAUUCGGCUGGGUCAACGCAAGCUACGUUUACGGCCUGGAUAUGCUCAACGCCCAUCAACGACGUGCCCUUGGUGCGGUCACCCCGUGGGAUACGUACAGCAAGGCUGUCUCCGCGCAGGGUGGUGACCACGUGUUUCAAAACAGACCUGAGUAG